UGCAUUAUCGGAUCAGAUUUAACCUGCAGUCCAACAAUAUAGAGUUAAGUACACAUAGUUUAUGCCAUUUUCAGGCGAACAGUAGCCGACAGAGUAGUUAGCUAACUAAAAGCUAACGUCAGCAGCAGCUUUGUGAUUUCGGGGAUCCUGGAUUUUCCGUAAGGAACGAAAACAAACGAUUUCAGAAAUGUCUUCAGACGAAGACAGGGCCAAGGAAAUUUUGAAGGGCUUCAAACUAAAUUGGAUGAAUCUUCGAGAUGCAGAGACGGGCAAAGUGCUGUGGCAGGGAACUGAGGACCUCUCUGUACCAGGAGUAGAACAUGAAGCUCGUGUCCCGAAGAAGAUCCUGAAGUGUAAAGCAGUGUCCAGAGAACUGAACUUUUCUUCCUCAGAGAAACUGGAGAAGUUCAGACUGGAGCAGAAAGUUUUCUUCAAAGGACAGUGUCUAGAAGAAUGGUUCUUUGAGUUUGGUUUUGUUAUCCCGAACUCCACCAACACAUGGCAGUCUCUGAUAGAAGCAGCUCCAGAGUCCCAGAUGAUGCCAGCCAAUGUUUUAACUGGUAAUGUGAUCAUAGAGACCAAGUUCUACGAUGACGACCUUCAUGUCAGUACCUCCAGGGUACGACUUUUCUACGUCUGACCUCUGACCCCUGACCCUACCUUCCAAAAUGCUGAUGUCCUGCCAAGGUCUAUAAAUUUCCAAGGUUAGCUACAAUUCACAGCAGUAAGCAGCUCAUUGUUGACUUGGGAUCAGCACAUUUGGAUGAAACCCAGCUGUGGUCCCACUGUCAGUGAGGUGAGCUUUGUGUUUGGUUGUUCUCUUGUUUUAUGUUGACCUGAAAACUUCUUCUAGACCUUGGGAGGAGAGGGGAGAGGAGGAGAGGACACUCUGCUGUUUCCUCUGUUCCAACAUCAUCUCUCUCUGUGCAUUUCCCCCUCCAGACUGUUCCACUGUAAAUACAUUAACACUGAUCUCCAGUCAGCCAGGCAGCCACCAUGAAAUGACACAGUGUGUGCUUUUUUAAAAUUCUGCCCUCUCUCACUCCAAGGUUGCAUUUACUCAGGAACAGAACGUCAGAUGUGUAACCUGUCUGAUGUGAUCUUCUCCUUUCUGUUUGAAAACACUGCUCUCCAUGUGUCGUCAGUGUAGAAGGAAGAAGCUCAGCGUCACUCCUGAGCUAUGUUCAAGAGAUCCUCAUCAUGAAACACUAGAUAACAUUUCCUCUAGCUGUGUCCCACUCCAGAGGCUACCUCCUGUGAAAUUCACAUUUUCUGAUAGAGGAUAACAUCAUGGGUAAAUGAGGCUGUCCUGGUCUAAAGUCUCGGUGUACACAUUUGAAGAACACGAUGUGUGUACUAUUUGUUGUCCUGAACUUCCCAAAAUCCCUCACACUAGUCAGUUUUUGUCUACUUAUCAAGUCAGAAAACUGUUCUCAGAGAAAUGGAAGUUAUACAGAUUUAUUUGGACAACUUAACUCAGAAAUGUCCACUUCUGCGAGCUGACAAAGACAGCCUGAAUGCUUGUUAAUGGUGGUCUCUGUGAGGCCAAGUAUGUGUGAUAUAUAACUUUAGUCCUCUGAAGGACACACCGCAGCAGGCAGCCUCUUGAGUAGGACACAGCUUCAACCAAGCAAACCUUUCCUGCUUCCUGACUCCUCGACCCAGUGUAGAACAGUGGUUUUCAGUGGGGUGUGAUGGAGCAGUAGUUCUCAACCUUAUUUGUGUCAGGGACUUUUAGAUUGAUACACAUUAGAUCACGGACCCUCAUUUAUUACAAUUUCACUUCAGGGACCCCUCAAAAAUGUAUCAGCUGUUAGAUUAAAGAUAAACUGUUCAUUUUUCCACGAACCCUGGGGGUCUCCACACCCCUGGUUGAGAACCACUGUGAUAGAGGACCAAGCACCUGUUUUUAUUCCAGUCCACCAUGAGAGCCACGCUUGUCUGUAUUGUUUGGAAUGAAAAAGCUGCUGUCAUAAUGACACAUUAGAAAAUCACUGUUUGAGGGACAAUUAUCAGCAGACAGGAGGGGUUUUAUUACAUCCAACUGACAUGCUUGUACUUAAAAUACUGAACUUUCAACUAAGUCAUUGUCAGAUGUAGACCAAGACCUGCAUCAUUUAUCCUCAGUAGUUCACUUGUUUACAGUUUGAUCCCAGUUAGACCCAGAUGUUAACAGCUGCUUAAAGCAGCUCUGCUCUGUACAUUCUGGCUUCCCAUCUAAUUCACUGCGUGAAUGUCAUUGUUUGUUUUUUUUUUAGCGGCUAACUGAGCUGUGUAAAAUAGACUUGUGUUUUAAUAUGACAAGAGUUGUGGAUUAAAGUCAUCCAAUGUUGUAAUAACAU